AUCUUCCUGUUAUAUGUUCUUUGUAAAUUAAGUAGUUAAUUAGACCAACUAAUUUGGAAGAAGUUAUUUCCUAAUACAGAAAGCAACCUCAUUUAAUUGACAAGCUUGAAAUAUUCUAGCAUUCUUUAUAUGUUUGGUAUUUAGUGAACGAUCAACUAUCGAUGACAUCAAUGGCUUCAAAGGGUAGCAUUAGAUUAUACUUCCCUUGUGAUUUUCGCAAUACGUUACAGAAAAAGAACAUGAAAAUGGACAUGGUCAUGGCCAGGUCAGGAUUUUCUUAUUCCCUUAAUCCAAUUGCACCAAAAAUUCCAAGAUUUUAUGUGGUGGCAAAUGCUAGCAAUCCUCAAAGGGUGGACACAAUCAAUGGGAAAAAGGUGAACGGAAUACAUGUAGCAGAGAGUAGUAAUUCAUAUGCAGAUCAGAAUAAGAUGAAUGCUACUGCAGGUUUAGUGCUAGAUGGUAAUGUGGAUCAUCAACCUCUUCACAAAUGGUUGCUUGGAAGAUUUGUUGAUGAAAGGUUGGUCUACAGUCAGACCUUCAUUAUUAGGUCUUAUGAGAUUGGUCCUGACAAAACUGCCACCAUGGAGACAUUGAUGAAUCUCCUUCAGGAGACUGCACUUAACCAUGUCACAAGCUCGGGUCUUGCCGGAGAUGGCUUUGGCGCUACUAGAGAGAUGAGCCUCAGGAAGCUCAUAUGGGUUGUCACUCGCAUACAUAUUCAAGUUCAAAGAUAUAGCUGCUGGGGAGAUGUGGUUGAGAUUGAUACUUGGGUUGAUGGAGCAGGGAAGAAUGGAAUGCGCAGGGAUUGGAUAAUUCGAGAUUAUAAUACUAAAGAAAUCAUAACACGAGCAACAAGCACAUGGGUGAUAAUGAACAGAGAAACACGAAAACUGUCGAAAAUGCCAGAACAAGUCAGGCAAGAGUUGGUACCAUUCUACACAAAUAGGAUUGCAAUAGCUAAGGAGAACAAUGAUGUUGAGAAAAUCGAUAAGCUUACUGAUGAAACUGCGGAGAGAAUUCGAUCUGGUCUUGCUCCAAGAUGGAGUGACAUGGAUGCCAAUCAACAUGUAAAUAAUGUAAAAUACAUUGGAUGGAUCUUGGAGAGUGUGCCAAUAAAUGUCCUGGAAGAUUACAAUCUGACAAGCAUGACCCUGGAGUAUAGACGAGAGUGCAGACAAUCAAAUCUGCUGGAAUCCUUAACAAGCACAACCGAGCAUUCAAAUAAUAAUUCCUGCAACCGCAAAGCACACUUGGAGUAUACGCACUUGCUUCGGAUGCAAGCUGACAAGGCAGAGAUCGUCAGAGCGAGAACAGAAUGGCAAUCCAAAUCCAACAGAAAAACCAUCUAAUUCGAUCCAUCUUUCCUGUGUGAUUCUAUUGCUUCUAUAAAUUUGUUUUUGGGUUAGAAUUGAUGGGCUAUGCGCAUUUUUGCAUGCACAUGUAUAUCAGCUGUAUUAAUGUAUGACACAGUUAGAGACCAAAAAUCAUAUAUGAAAAGACCUCUUCUUUUGUUUU